CUCUCUCCCCCCGUUCUCCGUUCCACAUCGCGUGCGCAUUGAGACGACGAGUUUCUAGAGCGCCGUACCGCGCACGGCUCCCGAGCCCCACCGCAAAGCGCCGGAAUCGUGAGCGCGUCCGGCCUCGCCUGCUCCGCGGCGAGAGGCGGCCGAGGAGGACGGGCGAUGUACCCGGUGGUGACGGGCACGCCGCCGGCGCGGCUGCCGGCGGCGUCGCGGGUGGACAAGGCCACGAGCCACCUGCUGCAGGGCCCCGACUGGGCCGUCAACCUCGAAAUCUGCGACACCCUCAACGCCGACCGCUGGCAAACGAAGGAUAUAGUAAAAGCUGUGAAGAAGCGAUUGCAGCAUAAGGAUCCAAAAGUUAAAUUCUUUACUUUGACGUUAUUGGAGACAAUGAUGAAGAACUGUGGUGAAUAUGUUCAUUUUGAAGUUGUUGAUCAGCAUAUUUUACAAGAGAUUGUUAAAAUUGUCCAGAAGAGGCAUGAUAUGCAAGUGAGGGAUAAGGCUUUGUUACUUCUGGAUUCAUGGCAAGAGGCAUUUGGUGGACCUGGUGGCAAAUAUCCACAGUACUACUGGUCAUACAUUGAACUAAAGGUAUGCAUCUGUCAAGGACCUCCCGACCUAGGAUAG